GGAAGAGCGUUCAAGUCACUGGAAGUCAAGGUGACAGCCAGCCUGACAUAGACGGAGCUCUCAUGUUUCCUCUGCCCAGUGUGGCCAAAAGUGGGACACAAAAAAGGGAAGGAGUUUGGUGAGGCAUCUGUGAAUUGGACCGUCCCCAACACUGAAUACCUGGGUUCAGGACGAGGACCGAACCCUCCUUCCUCCUUCUCCAAGACCAAGUCAUCUUCCUGACCCUUCUGCUGUGGAAGAGCUUCCACCUGAUUCCUCUGCACAAAUUCCACCCGGAUCCAACCUAAGGUUCUGGGUGUUAGGACAAGAGUGAGAGGAGACAUGAGCUCGGAGGACCAGCAAUCUACAGAUCAGGAUGCUUAUGACAUGUCAGAUGCCCGGCUGGCUCUGACCCUGUGUAACACCAAGAACCGAGCCGGGUCAGAAACUGAUGUGAAGGCCCUGGAGCAAAUGUAUGAGGCCUUGGGCUUUAAGAGCACAGUGAGGAGGAACCUUUCAGCUAAGGGUUUCUGGGAGGAGCUGGAGAAGUUCAGAAAGGACAUGGACCAGAUGAAAGACCCAGUAAGCUGCUGCUUCGUGGUGCUCAUGGCCCAUGGCGAGGAAGGCAUACUGCUAGGGGUCGAUGGCAACACCAUUCAGUUGUCAGAACUCUUUUCUAUGCUCACUAAUGUGAACUGCCGGGCCCUUCGGGGCAAGCCCAAGGUGUUCAUUGUACAAGCCUGCAGAGGAGAUCAGAAAGAUGCUGGUGAGGUGGUUCAGCCAGCAGAGACCGGAGGGACUUUCGUCUUGUCAAAUGAACACCCUCCCAAGCUCCCAACCUACACAGACACUCUGCAUGUCUUCGCUACUGUGGAGGGAUACAUUGCCUACCGGCAUGUGGAAGAUGGUUCCUUUUUCAUCCAGACCAUGACGGAUGUGUUCACAAAUAUGGAAGGCCACAUCCUGGAUCUCCUGACUGAGGUGACCCGGCGCAUGGCUAACGCUGACCUGAUGGAAGGAGGCAAGCCUAGGAAGGUGAACCCUGAGAUCCAGAGCACUCUCCGAAAGCUACUGUAUCUGCAAUAGCGGGAGGGAUCUUGGAUUGAGGGGUCUUGACCUGCUGAGCCAGUGAGCUCAAGAGCCGGUGCCCACAGGCCUUGGAGAGCUGGAGAAGCUAGAAUGUGCCUGUGUCCUUCACCCCCUCCAUGCCCAGGUGAUACACCAUCCUCCUACUGCACUGGACUCAUCAAGAACUUGGGCCCACAUCCUAUCCCUCCUACUUGCUUCACUCUCUCCACUUGUUACCUAUCACUUCCCAUACAGAAGGGGCCCUGAGAUCUGGGGGCAAUGUUCAGCUAAGGUCCUUGAGUCUCCCUUUCAUAGAAUCCUAGGAUCCUUUCAAAGAUCAGUGAGUUCAUUGACACUAACCCAUAUCCCCACUAUGUCCCACCUUAAUAGGUCUUCUUGAGUCUCCCCUGUCCACUGAGAGUCACGCCUCUGCUCUUAGCUAGGCAAGUCCUGGGACAAAAGAACAACAACCCACCAGUGGGCCAGUAUGCAAAGCAUUUUCCUGCUUGGUAAAACCUUACAGGAUGUGCACUCCACUGGCAUAACCUGUAACGUCAAGGGGUCACAUCAAAACUCCAAGCCAUCUGUGGUUUUUAAUCUGUGUGGGCUCCCCCUCUACCACCAAUGCAGUCUGCAAGUUAUCCUUGCCUUCAUGAGUUGCCCUGGCCAAAUGACAACAACAGCCACCACCACCAAGCACAUCUGCUAGCCUUCUGGUGAUGGGCUUCUCUGAUCAUAGUUGGGCUGAUAAUCAUUGGCAUAUACUUAGAGACCCUCUCCAGCCUGUGGUCAACCAACACAGCCUUCAAGAACCCAAGGUCACUCUUUUGUCACAGCAAGGCAUCAGAAUCGCAUCCAUCUUCCUAAAACAUGGCUCUAUCAAGUCAGAACUCCCUGGUCUGGCAUUCAAGGCCUUCCACAAUCUGACCCCACCCUUGAUCUGCCACCUUAUCUUCCCCCUCCUUUCCAACACACUCCCUCUAUUUCCAUCAGGCUGGUCUCCUUACAGUCCCCUCCAUAUCACAAUUUACUUCUGCCCUCUGUACCUUUGCCCACCACAUUCCCUCUCCAUCAGGUGGACUGGUUGCUUCCGUGUACAUGCUGUAUCCCCCAUAGGAAAAUGCACCCUCCUUAAGCACAGAGACUUUUCAUUUUUUGUGUUUGUAUCUCCAGUGCCUAGCACAGAUCCUGGCACACAGUAGGUGCCUAAUAAAUGCUUGUUAAGCUGCAUCGGCUAUCUUCCAAGGCCCAGCUCAGGCCCCACCUCCUCAGAGCCUUCCUGGACUGCUCCAAGUAGUACAUGAUAAUCAUGCCUCUUCUGACUUAACACACAGAGUCUAUCCCCACAUAGCAUUAUGUGCUUGAUUAUACACCAUCUUCAAUGGUUUCCUUUGUGCAUUCUAUGAAUAAUAAUGAAGAUGAUGACUCCAAUUUCUAGAAUAGUAAUGAUUUACAAAAUGCUUUCAUUAAAAGACAAUGUUGGACCUGAAA